CAGGUAUCUCUCAGCCACGAGUGCACUCGCGCCAUCAUGAAGCUGAUGUACUGCCCACACUGCCGGGGCAUGUCCAGCGUGAAGCCCUGCAACAACUACUGCCUGAACGUCGUGAAGGGCUGCCUGGCCAACCAAGCGGACCUCAACACCGAGUGGAAGUACCUGAUGGACUCCCUGGUCGUAGUAGCUGAUCGGAUUGAUGGCACGUACAACGUAGACACCGUAAUAGGGACCAUUCACAUGAGGAUCGCUGAAGCUAUCUCUAACUUGCAAGAAAACAAGGAUUCAAUCACAGCCAAGGUUUUCCAAGGCUGUGGAAAUCCCAAAAUCAGCACAAAAGGCUCCAGCAGCGAGGACAAGAAAAGGCGGGGGAAGGUCGCGUUGGAAGCAAAAUCCUCUGCGCAAGCCCUGGAGCUGCUGGUGUUGGAUGCCAAAGGGAAUCUGACAGCUCUCAAGACUUACUGGAUCACCCUGCCCGGCACCCUGUGCAGCAAAAAAGUAAUGGCCAGCUCAGCGGCAGACGACAAGUGUUGGAACGGGAUGACCAAGGGCAGUUACCUGCCCGAAGUGAUGGGGGACGGCUUAGCUAAUCAGAUUAACAACCCGGAGGUGGAGGUGGACAUCACCAAGCCAGAUAUGACCAUUCGCCAGCAAAUCAUGCAGCUGAAGAUCAUGACAAACCGGCUGGGCAACGCAAACAUCGGGAACGACGUGGAUUUCCAAGACGCAAGUGACGACAUGAGCGGCUCGGGGAGUGGUGACAGCUGUCCUGACGACGUCUGUGGCAAAAGACUUUCUAAGAGCCCCAGCACCAGGCAGCCAGAAACGCACGCUAUUCCUAAGCAGUCUGGACAUGGCAUCAAUGGGGCCAGCAGCAGAUCUUUGCCUUCUGCCUUCCUCCUCCUCCUCUCGGUGGCUUUCACGGCCGCGCAGCACUUGUGGCGGUAACUCACUAGCACAGCCAGGAAAGAGACUGGGCCGAGGGCUUCACUUUGCCAAAACCAACCAACCAACCGACAAAGGGACGUAUUUAACUCACCCUGGCAAAAAAAAAAAAAAAAAGGAGGGAGG